ACUCUUCGAACAAGAAUCUGCUUGCCGUGUCCCGCCAUUAUGGGGCUCAGCUGAAUAUCGCGGGCGCAGAAACAAACUCUCUUAGGACCCUCGCCCCGGCCCCCUAAAACAUCAAGAGGAAGAAAAUUGAUCAAAUGCCUGGGAGCUAGCCUAACGAUUUCGACAAAAUGGCGGAUCCAGCUGAGCCGGCAGCUCCACAAAAACGACAUGAUCUACAGACUUCUGCAGACUUGGAACGAGUAACGGACUACGCCGAAGAGACAGAGAUCACUGCUGAUAUAGGGACUGCACUAAGUUUAGUGGAAGGACGUCAUUUAAAAGAAAAGGCUGAUCAAGCUCAGAGGGAAAAGGAACUUGCUAGAGUAGUUAUCAAGAAAGAAGAUGUUGAUUUAAUUGUUGACGAGAUGGAGAUCCAACGGCCUUUAGCUGAGCGCACUUUGAGAGAACACAAAGGGAGUGUUGUGGAUGCACUUAUCUCAUUAACCAAUUAGGAGAAGUGUGAAUAUUGCUCAUUAGUAAUUUCACAAGAUGAAAAAGUCAAAGAUGUUCAUGUAAAUAACAAGGGCACCAUAUUUAACAUACAGAUGGUGAAUGAACGAGAGCAAACUACGCAAUUAACCAGUUUUAUUCUGGCAGGGAUAAUAAGCCUGCAUACCCCAAUGCAGCAUGCAAUAUUAUGCAUGCAUAUAAGCACCAAACCAAUUGCAGAUUGAUCAUGUAUUCAAGACAGAGCUGGAAUAAAAUUAAUUAUUUAGAGAAAUUAAGAGAUUGGUUCUUGUUUAUUACUUACUUUUUUAAAGAUAGUGCUGCAUGUAUUUAUACCUAUUAAUAAUAAAGUUGUGUUGGUGCAAA